AUGUCAGGCAAAAGCAAAGGGUCUCCAUCCCGCCCCUACAGCUGGCUGGCCACUAAUAGUCUACAAUGGCCAUCCCUCCUAGGCUUCGUCGUCCUUGACUUCGCCUUCGCCAUCACUACCGUCGCCCUGACCAUCGCGUCCUCUCAGAAGAACGGUUUCGUCACGGUCUCAACCCUUAACAUAACCGUGACGGAUCGGGAAGCGACCACUUUCAACAUCUCUUCGGACCUUGGCCUCCUCUGGACCUCACUCCCGAGCUUGAUCUUUUCUCUUUUCGGUGCAUACUGGACGUGGAUCGCCGGCGCGAUCGCCGAGCGACAACCGUACGUCGAGUUGCGCAAGGAUGGCGGUUCUGAAGCCAGGAUGUCUGUCAUCGUGGACUAUCGUUUCAUCAAUUCGCUUUGGCGUUGGUGGAAGGCCUUUCGAAAGUCGCAUUUCACCGUCGGCUCGACAGGCCUGCUCUCUGUGUUCCUGACCUACCUUGUCGCCCCCCUUGCUGCACAUUUGUUCGUGGCACAAACGAUGGCAGUGUCAGUGCCAACACCGAUCAUUUAUGCCAAGGACUAUAACGCCGAUAACAUAAACGCUGCCCUGGACUGGCGGCCUGUUCUGGACACCGUUUCGGCGACACUCCUUUACGGGGGCAACAACAUCCCCUGGACAGAUACCGAGCGUGCUUUCCGCCCGUUCGCCGUUAACUCUAGUUCGUGUGUCAAAUCAGACAUGGCAGCAAACACAACAUCAUACUCGGCUUAUCUCAGCUGCGAGCUGGUCAACGACUACACAAUCGCAUCUAGUGGGGACAUAGUCACAGUAUCCGGUAACGACAGGGGUUGCGAUUUCCAGCAGAGCUUUCCUGUUGUCAAUACGCAGGAGAUAUACCUGAAGACAACUGUUGACUUUGACUCUUCUGCCGAGGCGCAUUACAGUCGCCUGGUUUUCACAGCAGCCAGAUACUCCGAAUCGGCGAGCGACAACAUCGACAACAUCGACAACAUCAGCGUCAUCUCUUGCGCAACUGGGUACCGCCAAGCAUCAGGGACUUGCAGAGUCACGCAAUCAAAGGGCUCUUCGGCCGUGGUCUCUUUCGCCGAAGUAGGUCAGCCUGAUAUCAGCCGCCCGAAGCUGUGGAUGGUGUUCGAACAGGGCACUCUCGGACCAGUAUUAACGUUCAACCUGCAGGCGAAGUGGACUACGUCAGACAUGAGCAACUUGGUGCUGUACUAUGCGCAGCGAGCGCAGGGUUCGAACUCGCUUGCACCAGAGGCGCUGUUGGAGGCAAGUCCUAAAGUUUUCACGGCCAUCUACAUGAACGCGGUCGUGAUUCAUGGCUUCGACUCGCCCCAAAACGUCGAGAUGGCCGCCGGGACGGUCUUCAUCCCCACGACGCGCCUAUUCGUAGUUUGUUGGGUUGCCUACAUAAUCAUCGCCUUCUUGGCUGUCGCGCUGUGCACCGUCAUCUUUUUAUUUUUCCGUCUUCGAGACGCCCCGUCGAUCCUGACCGAGGAGCCUCGGGGGCUGUUGUCGAUGGCCGCAAUCCUCGGUGGGAGCCAGCUUCUCGUCAUCGCCUCGGAUACAAGGCAAGAGACGGGGUUCGACGGUGAGAUAAGGAAAAGGGGCAAAGCAAGGUCGGAUGUAAAGGAUAGGAAAUGGAGAGCGGCGAUGAAUCCCGAAACAGGGCACUGGGUUGUAAGAACUGUCCGAAACGACGAGGGUGAGCUCACGGAGCAUCUUCUAGAAUGA